CGAACCAGACAAGGAAGACAGGACGGAAAGAGACGAUUUUUUACCGAAUGCCCCUACCCCCCCUUUUCAAUAUGGCUGUCGUAUCUGCUGUCUCCUGUACCGCUCCGAUUGGAGAUUGACUCGACUCUCUCUUCCUUAUUGCCUCUUACUUUUGUCGCUGUCGUCGAGACUUUUGAAAACAAAUCAAAUUUGCUUCUAUUCAUCUUUCCCCUUCUCCGUUUUUUUUGCUCCAACCUUCAUCAAGCAUCGCACUGGGCCUUUUUUUGCCCCUAAACAACCAGCUUCCAAUACUCCCAGUCAAUCAACAAUUUCCAAUGGUUUGAAUACACUUUUCGCUUUUCAUUUUCUUUUUAAUGAACAAUGUGUGAAAACUGCGCUGAGCUGGUGGAGGUAUUAAAUGAAAUAUCGGAUGCCGACAGCACUGAUGGCCUACAGCUGAAGAAGGAGCAUGCCCUCAGAGUUUUCAGCUACAUCAGCUCAUGGACCCAAAGGCAGUGUCUAUGCUGCUUUAAGGAGUAUAAGCACCUGGAGGUGUUUAACCAGCUGGUGUACGCCCUCAUUAACCUGGUCAUCAGCCAGGUGCAGUGCCUGCGUGAGCGCCUGUUCCGGGGGCGGGGCGGGGAGGCGGAGUGGGCGGGGCCGGGCCCCAGGCCGCCGCCCCCCGGCGAGGAUGAGCCGCUCAACGUGGAGAGGGACUCCGCCGAGGAGGACGGGGGCGGGGAGGCCGGCGGCUCGCGGCUGGACCAGAACCAGAACCAGAACCAGGGCCACCGCGGCGGGAAGCCGGAGCAGGGCGGCGGCGUUCCCGCCGGUUCGGAGAUGCCAGAGCCCUUCGGAUCCUGGAGCACCGAGGACCGGGAGAAGCUCCUGCUCUGCGCCGCCAAGAUAUUCCAGAUCCAGUUCCCCCUGUACACGGCCUACAAACACAACACACACCCCACCAUAGAGGACAUUUCAGCCCAAGAAAGCAAUAUCCUUGGAUCCUUCUGCGAUAUGAACGACGUGGAGGUCCCGCUGCACCUGCUGCGCUACGUGUGCCUGUUCUGCGGGAAGCACGGCCUGUCCCUCAUGAAGGACUGCUUCGAGUUCGGCACGCCGGAGUCCCUGCCCUUCCCCAUCGCCCACGCCUUCAUCACCAUCGUCUCCAACAUCAGAAUAUGGCUGCACAUCCCUGCCGUAAUGCAGCACAUCAUACCCUUCAGAACUUAUGUAAUCAGGUACCUGUGCAAGCUGUCAGACCAGGAGCUGCGCCAGAGCGCGGCGCGGAACAUGGCGGACCUGAUGUGGAGCACGGUGAAGGAGCCGCUGGACAGCGCGCUCUGCUUCGACAAGGAGAGCCUGGACCUCGCCUUCAAGUACUUCAUGUCCCCGACGCUCACCAUGCGGCUGGCCGGCCUCAGCCAGAUCACGAAUCAGCUGCACACGUUUAACGAUGUGUGUAAUAACGAGUCUCUGGUCUCUGACACUGAAACGUCGAUAGCGAAGGAGCUGGCGGACUGGCUCAUCAACAACAACGUGGUGGAGCACAUCUUCGGCCCCAACCUGCACAUCGAGAUCAUAAAACAGUGCCAAGUCAUCCUCAACUUUCUGGCGGCGGAGGGGCGGCUGAGCACGCAGCACGUGGACUGCAUCUGGGCGGCGGCGCAGCUGAAGCACUGCAGUCGCUACAUCCACGAUCUGUUCCCGUCGCUCAUCAAGAACCUGGACCCCGUUCCCCUCCGGCACGUGCUCAACCUGGUGUCCGGCCUGCACCCCAGCGCCCACACCGAGCAGACGCUGUACCUGGCCUCCAUGCUGAUCAAAGCGCUCUGGAACAACGCUCUGGCCGCCAAGGCCCAGCUCUCCAAGCAGAGCUCCUUCGCCUCCCUGCUCAACACCAACCUCCCCAUGGGCAACAAGAAGGGUUCCCCGGCCGCCAGUCCUGAGAGCAGCGACAACAGCGACACGCACCACAGCGGCGGGAGCGACAUCGAGAUGGACGAGCAGAUCAUGAGCGGCGGGAAGCGGGGCCAGCAGCGGCUCUCCGACACGGAGGAGUCGAUGCAGGGCAGCUCGGACGAGACGGCGAACAGCGGGGAGGAGGGGAGCAGCGGGCCGGGGAGCAGCAGCGGCCGCAGCGAGGGCUCCAGCAACGAGGCGGGGUCCAGCCGGGCCAGCCAAUCGGCCGGCAGCCCCGGCAGCGAGCUGCACUCGGACGACAUGGCCGACAGCGAGGCCCUGAAGGAGGAGGAGGAGGAGGACGACGACGACGAAGAGGAGGACGACGAUGAGGAGGAGGAGGAAGAGGAGGAGGCGGGAGCAGCGGGAGCGGGAGGAGGAGGAGGGGGCGGGGGAGGGGGGGUGGCGGUGGCUUCGGCCGGAGCCGCUGGGGGAGGGGGAGGGGGUGGGGGGGGCAGCUCGCAGAAGGAGCGCAGGGACCCGGCGGAGAUCAGGAAGAGGAAGGCCGGGGAGUCCCAGCCGCAGGGGGGGCUGUGUUUGGGGGACCCGCAGGGGUCCGGGGAGAGGCCGGGGGCCGGCGGGGGCGGGGCCGGGGUCAAAGGCAUCCCCUUCACCCCCGAGGCGGCGGCGGCGUCCAUGAUGGCGGCCUCGUCGGCGGCGGCGGAGACCCGCAUGAGGAUGCUGGACGCCUGCUCCUCGUCCCGCCCCGAGGGGCCGGACCACGACAUGCAGGCGGAGAUGGGCCCCGCCCACAUGCCCCCCGGCCCCCAGGACCCCCCCUGCCUGCCCCGCUCCGGGGACUUCCUGGGCGAGGCCAUGGGCAGCGAGCUCUUCAACUGCAGGCGCUUCAUCGGACCCCAGCACCAUCACCACCACCAUCAUCAUCACCACCACCACCACCACCACGAGGGGCACAUGGUGGAGGACAUGCUGAGCGCGGACGACGUCAGCUGCAGCAGCUCCCAGGUCAGCGCCAAGUCGGAGAAGAACAUGGCCGACUUCGACGGGGAGGAGUCGGGCUGCGAGGAGGAGCUGGUGCAGAUCAACUCCCACGCCGAGCUCACGUCCCACCUGCAGCAGCACCUGCCCAACCUGGCCUCCAUCUACCACGAGCAUCUGGCGCAAGGUCCCGCGGUCCACAAACACCAGUACUCGGGCCACGCCGUCACCGACAUCAACCUGGACAACGUGUGCAAGAAGGGCAGCACCCUGCUGUGGGACCUGGUGCAGGACGAGGACGCGAUCCACCUGUCGGAGGGGCUGAUCAACGAGGCGGAGAAGCUGCUCUGCUCGCUGGUCUGCUGGUUCACCGACCGCCAGAUCCGCAUGCGCUUCAUCGAGGGCUGCCUGGAGAACCUGGCGCACCACCGGUCGGUGGUGGUUUCUCUCCGUCUCCUGCCCAAGCUCUUCGGCACUUUCCAGCAGUUUGGGAGCAGCUACGACACGCACUGGAUCACUAUGUGGGCUGAGAAGGAGCUCCAUAUGAUGAAGCUCUUUUUCGAGGACCUGCUGCACUACAUCCAGGAAGUGAGGGAGCAGCGGCACAAGUUUGCACUAUACGGACACAGCGCUGAGGUGCAGGUGCGCCUGCAGUUCCUCACCUGCGUCUUCUCCACCCUGGGGUCCCCCGACCACUUCCGGCUGAGUCUGGAGCAGGUGGACAUCCUGUGGCACUGCCUGGUGGAGGACUCGGAGUGCUACGACGACGCCCUCCACUGGUUCCUCAACCAGGUGCGCAGCAAGGACCAGCACGCCAUGGGCAUGGAGACCUACAAGCACCUCUUCCUGGAGAAGAUGCCCCAGCUGAAACCCGAAACCAUCAGCAUGACGGGACUCAACCUCUUCCAGCACCUGUGCAACCUGGCCCGCCUGGCCACCAGCGCCUACGACAGCGGCUCCAACUGCGAGCUCUGCGGGAUGGACCAGCUGUGGGGCAUCGCACUGAGGGCUCAGUCUGCGGACAUCAGCCGCGCGGCCAUCCAGUACAUCAACUCCUACUACAUCAACGGUAAGACGGCGCUGGAGAAGGAGCAGGAGUUCAUCAGUAAGUGCAUGGAGAGCCUGAUGAUCGCGUCGGGGAACCUGGAGAAGGACCCCCACUCCAGCCUCACCAUCAUCGAGCGGGGCCUGCUCAUGCUCAAAACUCACCUGGAGGCCUUCCGCCGCAGGUUUGCGUACCACCUGCGGCAGUGGCAGAUCGAGGGCACGGGCAUCAGCAGCCACCUGAAGGCCCUCAGCGACAAGCAGUCCCUCCCGCUGAGGAUCGUGUGCCAGCCCGCCGGGCUGCCCGACAAGAUGACCAUCGAGAUGUACCCGAGCGACCAGGUGGCGGACCUGCGCGCUGAGGUGACGCACUGGUACGAGAACCUGCAGAAGGAGCAGCUGAACCAGCAGGCCCAGCUGCAGGAGUUCGGCCAGAGCAGCCGGCAGGGAGACUUCCCAGGAGGUCUGAUGGGCCCGGUCCGGAUGAUCUCCUCCGGGCACGAGCUCACCACCGACUACGACGAGAAGACCCUCCACGAGCUGGGCUUCAAAGACAUGCAGAUGGUGUUCGUGUCCCUGGGCGCCCCCCGGCGGGAGCGGAAGGGCGAGGGGGUGCAGCUCCCGGCCUCCUGCCUGCCCCCCCCACAGAAGGACAACAUCCCCAUGCUGCUGCUGCUGCAGGAGCCCCACCUCACCACCCUGUUCGACCUGCUGGAGAUGCUGGCCUGCUUCAAGCCCCCCAGCGCCGAGCGGGCCAUGGAGAACGCCGAGAGCAUGCAGAGUGAGGAGCUGCACCUCCAUGCUGAGAACCUGUCCCGACGUGUUUGGGAGCUACUCAUGCUGCUGCCCACCUGUCCCAACAUGCUGCUGGCCUUCCAGAACAUCUCCGAGGAGACGGGCAGUGACGGGCUGUGCUGGAAGGACCUGCUGAGGAUAAAGAGCCCUCACAAACUGCUGUACGCUCUGGAGAUCAUCGAGGCCCUGGGCAAGCCCAACCGUCGCAUCAGGCGGGAGUCCACGGGGAGCUACAGCGACCUGUACCCGGACUCUGACGACUCCAGCGAGGACCAGAUCGAGAACAGCAAGAACUCCUGGAGCUGCAAGUUCGUCUCCUCUGGAGGCCUCCAGCUGCUGCUGGAGAUCUUCAACUCGGCCAUUCUGGAGCCUAAAGACCAGGAGUCCUGGACUGUGUGGCUGCUGGACUGCCUGGCCUGCCUUCUGAAGCUCAUCUGCCAGUUCGCCGUGGACCCGGCCGACCUGGACCUGGCCUACCACGACGUCUUCGCCUGGUCCGGCCUCUCCGACACCCAGCGCAAGAGGGCGUGGCCCGGGAAGUCCCGCAAGGCCGCGGGGGAUCAUGGGAAGGGUCUGCACAUUCCUCGGCUCACUGAGGUGUUCCUCGGCCUUGUCCAGGGGACCAACCUAAUCCAACGGUUAAUCAACGUUGCCUACACCUACGACAACCUUGCACACAGAGCUUUGAAAGCGCAGUCCGACCACAGAUCUCGUCACGAAGUGACACACUACUCCAUGUGGCUGCUGGUGAGCUGGGCACACUGCUGCUCAUUGGUCAAAUCCAGCCUGGCUGACAGCGACCACCUGCACGACUGGCUGAAGAAGCUCACCCUAUUGGUGCCUGAGACGGCGGUGAGGCACGAGGCCUGUAACGGCCUGUACAAGCUGUCCCUGUCGGGGCUGGAGGGGGGCGAGUCCAUCAACCGCUCCUUCCUGCUGCUGGCCGCCUCCACGCUGCUCAAGUUCCUCCCCGACGCACAGGCGCUCAAGCCGCUCCGGGUGGAGGACUGUGAGGAGGAGCCUCUGCUCAGGACGGGGUGUAAGGAGUACUUCUGGCUGCUGUGCAAACUCAUCGACAACAUCCACGUCAAGGACGCCAGUCAGACUACGCUGCUGGACCUGGACGCUCUGGCGAGACACCUGGCCGACUGCAUUCGCAGCAGGGAGAUCCUGGACCAGCAGGACGGGAACGUGGAGGACGACGGCCUGACGGGCCUGCUCCGCCUGGCCACCAGCGUGAUCAAGCACAAGCCGCCGUUCAAGUUCUCGCGCGAGGGCCAGGAGUUCCUGCGCGACGUGCACAACCUGCUCUUCAUGCUGCCCAGCCUGAAGGACCGCCAGCAGCCCAAGUGCAAGUCCCACUCCGCCCGCGCCGCCGCCUACGACCUGCUGGUGGAGAUGGUCAAGGGCUCGGUGGAGAACUACCGCCUGCUGCACAACUGGGUCAUGUCCCAGCACAUGCAGGCCUCCCACGCCCCGUAUAAGUGGGACUACUGGCCCCACGAUGACGUUCGGGCAGAGUGCCGGUUCGUGGGGCUCACCAACCUGGGCGCCACCUGCUACCUGGCCUCCACCAUCCAGCAGCUCUACAUGAUCCCCGAGGCCCGGCAGGCUGUCUUUACCGCCAAGUACGCAGAGGAGAUCAAACACAAGACCACCCUGCUGGAGCUGCAGAAGAUGUUCACCUAUCUCAUGGAGAGUGAACGGAAGGCCUACAACCCCCGGCCGUUCUGUAAGACCUACACCAUGGACAAGCUGCCUCUCAACACUGGCGAGCAGAAGGACAUGACCGAGUUCUUCACCGACCUCAUCACCAAGAUCGAGGAGAUGUCCCAGGACCUGAAAAACACGGUGAAGACGCUCUUCGGAGGGGUCAUAACCAACAAUGUUGUUUCUCUGGACUGUGAGCACGUGAGUCAGACAGCAGAGGAGUUCUACACGGUCAGGUGCCAGGUGGCCGACAUGAAGAACAUAUACGAGUCCCUGGAUGAAGUGACCAUCAAGGACACGCUGGAGGGAGACAACAUGUACACCUGCUCCCAGUGCGGGAAGAAAGUGCGGGCGGAAAAGAGGGCCUGCUUUAAGAAGCUCCCGCGCAUCCUCAGCUUCAACACCAUGCGCUACACCUUCAACAUGGUGACCAUGAUGAAGGAGAAGGUCAACACCCACUUCUCCUUCCCCCUCCGGCUGGACAUGACGCCCUACACCGAGGACUUCCUCAUGAGCAAGAGCGACAGGAAGGAGGGCUUCCGGGAAGACGGAGAGUCGAAGGUGGCGGAGAGCUACGAGUACGACCUCAUCGGGGUCACCGUGCACACGGGCACCGCCGACGGCGGCCAUUACUACAGCUUCAUCAGAGACAUCAUCAACCCGCACGCCUACAAGAACAACAAGUGGUACCUGUUCAACGACGCGGAGGUGAAGCCCUUCGACUCUGCUCAGCUGGCUUCUGAGUGCUUUGGGGGCGAGAUGACGACAAAGACGUACGAUUCGGUCACAGACAAGUUCAUGGACUUCUCCUUUGAAAAGACCCACAGUGCCUACAUGCUGUUCUACAAGAGAGUGGAGCCGGAGGAGGAGAAUGGGAAAGAUUUUAAAUUCGACGUUUCUCCCGAUCUGCUCGAGUGGAUUUGGCAUGACAAUAUGCAAUUUCUCCAGGACAAGAACAUUUUUGAGCACACUUACUUUGGGUUCAUGUGGCAGCUGUGCAGCAGCAUCCCCAGCACCUUACCUGACCCCAAGGCCAUCUCCCUCAUGACCGCCAAGCUCAGUACGUCUUUUGUCUUGGAGACGUUUAUUCAUUCAAAGGAAAAGCCCACCAUGUUGCAGUGGAUCGAGCUCCUGACCAAACAGUUCAACAACAGCCAGGCGGCCUGUGAGUGGUUUUUGGAUCGAAUGGCUGACGACAACUGGUGGCCCAUGCAGAUCCUCAUCAAGUGCCCCAAUCAGAUCGUACGGCAGAUGUUCCAGAGGUUGUGCAUCCACGUGAUCCAGAGGCUGAGGCCGGUGCACGCUCACCUGUACCUGCAGCCUGGCAUGGAAGAUGGGUCUGAUGAUAUGGACGGUGCGGGUGGAGGACUAGGAGCCGCUCUGCGUCACGUGAGCCACUCAAAACACCUGCUGUCAAUCAUGGAGCGGGGGAAGUCCACGCAGCCUGCCACGCCCCCAGCCCAGCUGUCCUUUAACGGGCCUGUCCUUACCCGACACCCUCUGCUAACGGAUCUAAUUCUGCUUCUCUCCCUGCAGAGUCAGUUUCUCCUCUCCUUACAAGCCAUCUCCAUUAUGGUCCAUUUCUACAUGGGAACAAAAGGCCCUGAGAAUCCGCAGGUGGAGGUGCUGUCGGAGGAGGAAGGGGAGGAGGAGGACGAGGAGGAGGACAUCCUGUCCCUGGCGGAGGAGAAGUACCGGCCGGCCGCCCUGGAGAAGAUGAUCGCUCUCAUCGCCCUGCUGGUGGAGCAGUCUCGCUCAGAGAGGCACCUCACACUCUCCCAGAACGACAUGGCGGCUCUGACUGGCGGGAAGGGCUUCCCCUUCCUGUUCCAGCACAUCCGCGACGGCAUCAACAUCCGGCAGACCUGCAACCUCAUCUUCAGCCUCUGUCGCUAUAACAACCGGCUGGCGGAACACAUUGUUUCCAUGCUCUUCACAUCCAUUGCAAAGCUCACUCCAGAGGCUGCUAAUCCCUUCUUUAAGCUGCUGACCAUGCUGAUGGAGUUCGCUGGAGGCCCCCCGGGCAUGCCCUCCUUCGCCUCCUACAUCCUGCAGAGAAUCUGGGAGGUGAUAGAGUACAACCCCUCGCAGUGCCUGGACUGGCUGGCGGUGCAGACUCCCCGUAACAAGCUGGCGCACAGCUGGGUCCUGCAGAACAUGGAGAACUGGGUGGAGCGCUUCCUGCUGGCCCACAACUACCCCCGCGUUCGCACCUCCGCAGCCUACCUCCUGGUGUCCCUCAUCCCCAGCAACUCGUUCCGGCAGAUGUUCCGUUCGACGCGCUCGCUGCACAUCCCCACGCGGGACCUCCCGCUCAGCCCCGACAGCACGGUGGUGCUGCACCAGGUGUACAACCUGCUGCUCGGCCUUCUGGGACGCGCCAAGCUCUACGUGGACGCCGCCGUCCACGGCACCACCAAGCUGGUGCAGUUCUUCAGCUUCAUGACCUACUGCCUCAUCUCCAAGACUGAGAAGCUCAUGUUCUCCGGCUACUUCAUGGACCUGUGGAACCUCUUCCAGCCCAAGCUGUCCGAGCCGGCCAUCGCCACCAACCACAACAAGCAGGCGCUGCUGUCCUUCUGGUACAACGUGUGCGUGGACUGCGCCGAGAACGUGCGGCUGGUGGUGCAGAACCCCGUGGUCACCAAGAACAUCGCCUUCAACUACAUCCUGGCCGACCACGACGACCAGGAGGUGGUGCUGUUCAACCGCGGCAUGCUGCCGGCCUACUACGGCGUGCUGCGCAUGUGCUGCGAGCAGUCCCCCGCCUUCGCCCGCCAGCUGGCCUCCCACCAGAACAUCCAGUGGGCCUUCAAGAACCUCACGCCCCACGCCAGCCAGUACCCGGGGGCAGUGGAGGAGCUCUUUAACCUGAUGCAGCUGUUUGUGGCUCAGCGGCCAGACAUGAGAGAGGAGGAGCUGGAGGAUGUGAAGCAGUUUAAGAAGACCACCAUCAGCUGCUACCUGCGCUGCCUGGACGGGCGGUCCUGCUGGACCACGCUCAUCAGUGCCUUCCGAGUUCUGCUGGAGAACGAUGAGGACCGGCUGCUGGUGGUCUUCAACCGGGGCCUCAUCCUCAUGACUGAGUCCUUCAACACGCUGCACAUGAUGUACCACGAGGCCACCGCCUGUCACGUGACCGGGGACCUGGUGGAGCUGCUGUCCAUCUUCCUGUCCGUCCUCAAAUCCACGCGGCCCUACCUGCAGCGGAAAGAUGUGAAGCAGGCCCUCAUCCACUGGCAGGAGAGGAUCGACUUCGCCCACAAGCUGCUCACGCUGCUCAACUCCUACAGCCCCCCCGAACUCCGCAACGCCUGCUUAGAUGUGUUGAAGGAGCUGGUUCUCUUGAGUCCACAUGACUUCCUGCACACGCUGGUGCCCUUCCUGCAGCACAACCACUGCACCUACCACCACAGCAACAUCCCCAUGUCCUUUGGCCCCUACCUGCCCUGCAGAGAGAACAUCAAGCUGAUGGGCGGGAAGAACAACAUCCGGCCCCCGAGACCCGAACUCAACAUGUGCCUCCUGCCGACUAUGGUGGAGACCAGCAAGGGGAAGGACGAGGUGUACGACCGGAUGCUCCUGGACUACUUCCUGUCCUACCACCAGUUCAUCCACCUGCUGUGUCGAGUGGCCAUCAACUGCGAGAAGUUCACCGAGACGCUGGUCAAGCUAAGUGUCUUGAUUGCCUAUGAGGGGUUGCCUCUGCACCUGGCCCUGUUCCCUAAGCUUUGGACGGAGCUGUGUCAGUCUCAGUCGGCCAUGGCUAAGACCUGCGUGAAGCUGCUUUGUGAGGACCCGGCCUUCGGGGAGUACAUCAAGUGCAUCCUCAUGGACGAGAGAACCUUCCUCAACAACAACCUGGCCUACUCCUUCCUCACCUGCUUCCUGCACAAGGUUCAGAACCAGGUGCUGUCUGGGCCCAACUGCGCCAGUCUGGUCAACAUCCUGGUCACCAACCUGGUGAACCAGUACCACAGCCAGGAGUCUGAGCCGGCCAGCCAGCGAAUGGAGAUCUGCAAGAACAGUGGCGUUCUCAACGCUGACCUACGGGCCUUGGCUCUGCUUCUGUCGGUGCACACGCCCCCACAGCUGGACCCCGCCCUCGGCCCCGCCCUCCAGGACCUGCUGGCCAAGUGCCGGGCCUGCCUCCAGCACCGGAGCAGCCUGGAGCAGGAGGCUAAGGACCGCAAGGCCAAAGACGAAGAGGGCGCCACCCCGGUGAAGCGUCGGCGUGUGAGCAGCGAGGAAGAGCACCCGGGCGGGGUGGAGGUCGGCGGCGGGGCCUGCCCGCCCGCCUCCUCUUCCUCGGCCUCCUCCUCUUCCUCCUCCUCGUGCGCGGAGGCCAAGCCGGAGACGCGGGAGGCGCUGACGCCGGGCAGCGCCUCCGACACGGAGACGCGGGACUCCUCCGUCAUCGACCCGGGCACCGAGCAGGACCCGCCCUCCCCGGACUCCGCCCCCAACCCCGCCCCCGGCGCCUCCUCCCCCAAGGAGGAGAAGAUGGAGGCGUCGUCGUCGUCCUCCUCCUCUUCCUCCUCGUCCUCCUCCUCCCCCCCGGACGGCGCGGGGGGCGGGGCGUUCGGGCCGCAGCCGAUGGCGGUGGCGGCGGCGGGGGGCGGCGGUAAGGAGGAGGAGGAGGAGGGCCGGAAGGCCGGCGGCUCGAAGGCGGGCGAGGAGGACCAGCCCUUCCCAGCGCUCCCCGAGGCCGGCGAGGCUCCAGGCUGCCCCCUGCAGGAGACGGACUGCGUCCACGCCGCAGCGCACGGCCUCUGGAACUUGGCGCAGCAGCAGGACGUUCUGGACACGCUGUGCCGGACCGUGGAGGCCGCCAUCGGCGCCGUCGCCAAACUGUUGGCGAAGGGAACGCGCGCCUCCUCCGUCUCUUGACGGCAUUUCCAGCGCGAGUCUGGCUUUUUAAUCCUUUUCUUUCUCUCUCUUUCUUUCUCGCUCUUUCUCUCUCUCUCUCACACACACACAGACACACCCAUGAAACCUGUUUAACUACCCUGUUCUGUUUUUUUUCUCCCCUUUCCCCCCAACCUUCUACUGUCUGUUUUUGUUUUAAAAGAACUCAAAUCCCCCCCCCACCCUGACCCUCGACCCCUGACCCCUGACCCUCGACCCCCCUGCCGGCUGUCCUGAGCAGUUUCUCUGCGCUUCCGUCUCGUCACGUGAUCUUUACUAUUUUUUAUUUUUUAUUUUUUAGCUUGAAUGGCAAUAGAUUCGCACCGUAUGCUUGAAGUGUCCGGGGCUGUAGACACACAGCCUCGGACUAAUAACUGCAGCUAUAGCACAUUUUCUCAAAGGGCGCGCAAAAAAAAAAAAAAACCUCUAUUUUACUCGUCUUCUUUUUUCAUUUUUACUUAUUUCAGAGUUCUUUGAAGUGAUUUAUUUGUUUUGAGGUUGCUGUAACGAGGGGGAAGGUUUACAGAGUUUUAGUCUUCUCUCUCUUCUGUACGUAAUUUAAUUUUAUUGCAUUUUUACUGUGUAUAAAAUGGUGUCUUCUGUGCCAGUUUUGUACUUUAUUAAAGGAGGCCUACCCGGCUCCCGGCUUUGUGGUUAUAUCCAAACUAAGUUUACUUGUACAUUAAGGAACCACAUAAACCUUGAUUCUGUUAAGAAUCCUCUUCUAGUUCUGACCUGGCCGUGUAUAUGAGUAUAUAUAUGGUGCUUUAUUUGACAGGAUGCCUGUGGAUGAAAUAAAGCGCUGCUGGUGUGGCUGUUGGAGCUUUAUUUUAUUUACUGAAAUACAUUCCAUAUUAUAUUGUCAUUCUCGCAUUUCCCGAUGUUUGUGUUUGUUUCUUUUCUUUUUGUUUUGUUUUUUUUUGUUUGUUUUAUUUUAAUUGAGGAUAACUUAAAUAAAAAUUAUAAUAUGAAUGAUUAUCAACCAGAAUCGACUAGAA